AUGUCAGCAUGCACUGCCGCCGAACACAAGAUUUUGAUGUACAACAAGACAAAGGAGCUCUUUUCUGCCCAUGAAAAUUACAUGCUUCUGAGUAUCAAGAGAGUAAAGUCGACUCAGUUGAAAGAUGUCAAGGCCGAGAUCGGCUCAAAGGUUAAGUUCCUCAUAGCUAAAAACAAGAUUAUGAAGAAAGCCUUAGAAGAUUUGGAUGCUAAAAAGUACGCCAAUCUCAUUAGCAUGCUACAUGGUAACGUAAUUGUUGCUUUCUUUGGCAACGCAGACCCGAGAACUAUUCUUGAUGCAUCAAAACAUAAUAUGAGAAAGGCACUUGCAGUGCCUGGUGAUAUUGCACCAAACGACGUUAUAAUUCCAGCAGGUCCAACAGGUCUUGGCCCUGAAAAAAUUAACAUUUUUCAGGCAGCCAAGAUCGUUACCAAAAUAAACAAAGGAAAGAUUGAUCUUGCCAAUGAUCAUAAGCUUCUCUCUGGUGGCGAUAUAGUGUCUAUUUCUAAUGCUAGACUGCUUACAAUGUUGAAUAUUCUUCCGUUUGAGUUUGGACUCGAUAUUAUCAAAAUCUUUGAAAGUGAUGAGGUAUAUGAUAAAAAGCUCCUUCAAAUCACGGAAGAAGAUGUUACUAGCAUUUUGCAAGAGGCUAUUGGCAUUGUUGCCGCAAUAUCACUUGGUUCUAGUACUUCAACGGAGGCUUCUGUUCCAUUUGAGAUUAGAAACGCUUUUGCAGAUAUUGUGAAGAUUUCUCUUGCAACAGGAUUUAGCAUCCAAGAGUUCAAUCAUUAA